AUGGCUAAAAGCAAAAGGAAACCUGCAGCAGCUGUAAAGCGUUCACAGAUUCCAUUGCAAGCUCCUGUUCCAUCUCACACAAACCAAGGUGGUUCACUGGUUCUUGGUCUCAAGUCCGCUCUUGGUACGCUUGAUGGUGCUAUUUCCCAUAUACCAAGAGCAGAUCUACCCCCUACCCCAGCUGUCAUCCCAUCCAACGGUGCAAGUUCAAGCUCUGCCAGAAAGGCUGAUGGGUCUCCGGUGGACAACACAAAUGCAUCUCUUGAUGAGUUCCUUGAGGUGGACCGUUCUGAAGACGAAGAACUUGGAGAAGAACAUCUUGAUCUCUCUUGCUCUGAGGAUGACUAUGAAACGUCUCCCCCACCAACACCAUCUUCUCCAGCUACGGAGGCUCCUGAUCUGCCAGCUUCUCUGCCCUCGGUGGUUCCACCAACACCAGCCAGUCCCAAAGAUGCCACCUUUAUCCCGUCCAGCUCUGUUAAAGCAGGUAACCCUUCUGUUCCCCCACCUGUUAAUGGGAAAUGGAGAGAUCUAUUCUCCUCCAACAGAAACGUCUCAUCUUGUCCAAGGCUUAUGCACUUUUCAGCCUUAUAUGAUAUCCAAUCCUGUCCUCUUUUAGCUGAAGAUCUAGACCACUCCUGUGAUGAUUGGAAAUUGUGUGCCAUUGGUUAUGUUUCUAGCAAAUUUCCCGGUUACAGAGCUUUAACUAGCAUCAUUGAGAAUGUAUGGAAAUGUGACGCCCGACUUACCAUUCAUGAAUCGGGUUGGCUUGUCUAUAAGUUUCAAAAUGAAGAAGAUAAACUGUCUGUGUUGUGUGGAGGGCCAUACCUAGUAUAUGGUAGACCCCUUAUCUUGUGUCCUAUGUCUGAGUAUUUUGAUUUUUCAAGUUCAGAAAUGUCUCAAGUUCCUGUCUGGAUAAAGUUCCCUAACCUGCCAUUAAAGUGCUGGACGCCUAGAUGCUUAUCAAAAUUAGCUAGUGUCCUGGGCAUGCCUUUGCAGUGUGACAAAUUAACUGCCACUAAGGAGAGAGUAUCAUAUGCCCAUAUGCUUGUUGAAAUUGACCUCCUAGCUGACCUUAGAUCCUCCAUCAAUGUCACCCUGCCUAAUGGAAACACACUUAUCCAACGGGUUAUCUAUGAGACGCUGUCCAAAUUUUGCAAGCACUGUAAAGUGCUAGGCCACUCCACAAGGGCGUGCUCAAAGAGUAAGGAAGAGGCCAGAACAAUUGAGAAGGCUGCCUCUGCUAAUGUAACUUCCAAAGAAAAUGUCAAAGGCAAAGGUAGUGUUUUUACUCGUCUCAGCCCUGUUGUUGAUACUCAGGUUGAUGCCCCACCUGCUGCUGCCCCCCUUGUUGAAGGCUCCCCUGCUGCUUCUCCUGCAGUGGAUGGCCCUGAGCUUGUUGCUCCCUCUGCCCCCUCAGAGUCUUGUGUGGCUCAGGAUGUGCAGCCUCGUCCUCAGGUCACAAAUACAGCUCAAAAAAUUGUUCCCUCUAAAGGAAAAGCUGCUGCCUUCUCAGCUGAUACUGCUGGCAACAAGGCUUCCCAUUGUCCAGGUUCAGAGACCAAGUUGUCUAUGCCAAAAGUUGCCUGCAUGCAUAAGCUUCGGUUGAAGACUUGGAAAUUUGUUAGCAAUGCUGAAGCUGCAGCUUAUGCUCGUAUAAUAGUGUUUUGGAACCCUGAAACAGUGAUGGUUGAAAUGCUUCACUUCUCUGCCCAGGGGAUUCACGUUUUGAUUACUAGCUUGGUGCAACAAUUCUGUUUUUCAGCCACCUUCAUAUAUGGAUUCAACACCAUCACUGCCAGGAGAGCUCUGUGGGAGGAUCUAAGGAGAUGGGGAACGGAGGAUCUAUGGCUACUUCUUGGUGACUUCAACUCCAUCCUCUCUCAAGAAGACAAGCACAACGGGGAGCCAGUUUCUAUCUAUGAAACCUUAGACUUCAGGGAGUGUUGUUCUGAUCUUAGAAUUGCAGACUUGAACUCGACAGGUUCUCAUUUUACAUGGACAAAUGGUACAAUCUGGACAAAGAUAGACAGACUGGGUUCACGGGAGCUUUGUGGCAAAAGAAACUUCAAAUUUUUCAACAUGUGGGCUGCUCAUCCUCAGUUCUUGGAAACCAUCUCUCAGCACUGGUCCUUGGACAUCUAUGGGUCACACAUGUAUAUCCUCUGUAAAAAGCUCAAGCACUUGAAGGGCGGGCUGAAAACUCUGAACAAUCUUCACUUUAGUCACAUUUCGGAGAGGGUUGCUAGAGCAGUGACAGAGCUAGACGAUACUCAGCUUCAUCUUCAGAAUGACAGAGAUAAUGUUCACCUCCUUGCACUGGAAAAGCAGCAGAGGUUGAAUCUAGUAAAUCUUAAAUCAGCUGAAAAGAUACGACACCAUAUCCCAGCUAUAGUUCGUAGUGAUGGCAUGCUCACUUCAUCAGCUGAAGAGGUUGGUAGAGUAUUCGUCUCUUACUAUAAGGAGCUCCUAGGGACUUCCAAGCAAACUAUUCCACUCCCAGUUUCGGCUGAUGACAUCAAACGGGUUCUCUUCAGUAUGGAUGAUAAUAAGGCACCGGGCCCGGAUGGUUACACCUCAGCUUUCUUUAAGAAAGCUUGGAACAUCGUGGGGGAAGAUUUUUGCUCAGCUGUUAAAGACUUCUUUUCUUCUGGGGAGAUGCUCAAGCAACUUAAUCACUCUACCAUAGCCCUUGUCCCAAAGUCAGCAAAUGCCAACUCUGCCGCAGACUACAGACCCAUCUCUUGCUGCAACGUCACCUACAAAGUCAUUUCCAAGCUUCUUGCAGAGAGGCUAGCCCACGUGCUAAAGGAUAUCAUCAGCCCUUCUCAUAAUGCUUUUCUUAGUGGGAGACUCAUAGCUGAUAACAUUAAUCUCAUGCAAGAGCUACUGAGAAGCUAUGGGAGAAGGCGUGUAUCUCCCCGCUGCACCAUCAAGAUUGACUUCAGGGAAGCAUUUGAUACAGUCCAGUGGCCUUUCCUUCGUGAUCUCCUUUAUUUUUUGGGGUUCCCUGCUAGGUUUGUUCAUCUGGUUAUGCUAUGUGUUGAGACUGCCUCUUUCUCUGUUUGUGUCAAUGGUAAUCUCUUUGGGUUCUUCAAAAAAAAGUGUGGUGUUCGGCAAUGGGAUCCACUAUCUCCCUAUCUCUUCAUUACCUGCAUGGAAUACUUUUCUAGAUUACUGCACAGUUCCACCCAGCAAUCUGGUUUCAGCUUUCAUCCCAAAUGCCAAGCUUUGGGAAUCAGCCACCUUGGGUUUGCUGAUGAUAUUCUCCUACUCUGCCGUUGUGACAAGACAUCAGUUCAUAUGCUCCUCCAGCAGCUUCGAGUCUUUGGGGAGGUUUCUGGCCUUGUCACUAAUACAGCCAAAUCCUUCAUUUUCUUUGCAGGUGUUUUGGAGGAAACAAAGCAGGCCAUCCUCAGCCUCUCCCAGUUCAUCAAAGGCAGUUUUCCUUUUAAGUACCUCGGUGUCCCUCUUAGCCCUCACAGACUUCUCGCCAGCCAGUUCUCUCCUCUCCUUCAAAGGUUGAAAUCUGUUAUUCAGUGUUGGAUGGGCAAGUAUCUCUCGUAUGCAGGACGACUGGAGCUCAUAAAAUCGGUCCUGCAUGGCAUGGUGCAAUUUUGGAUUAGUAUCUUCCCUAUCCCAGCAAUAGUUAUCAACAAGAUUACCAGCCUGUGCAGGAACUUUCUAUGGACUGGUGAUAUGCGUAGAAGCAAAUCUGCUCUUGUUGCUUGGAAGCAAGUGUGUUUGCCGAAGGAUGAAGGAGGUCUAGGGAUCCAUGACAUCAAAGCCAGAAAUGACAGUUUCUUUGCCAAACAUCUCUGGAAUAUUCACUUGAAAGCAGAUUCCCUAUGGAUUCGAUGGUGGGCUAAUGUAGUAUGGGAGCAAUGGUCUCUUCCAAGACAUAGCUUCUCCCUUUGGCUGGCAAUGUUGGGCAAGCUGCGAACAAAAGAUCGUCUUCUUUUUCUUUCUCCUGACCCUAUAUGCCCUCUUUGUCAAAAUGCCGAUGAAUCACACGCUCAUCUCUUCUUCAAUUGUCACUGGUGCUUGUUGGGAGCCUGUUCCCACAAGCUUGUUCUGUACAGUUGUUUUUCUGGUUAG